CCGUGGUAAAUACGGAUGUAUACAGGAAAUUAAGGUUUAGGGAGGAAACAAAACACAUAAAUAUAUAUUUUUAAGUCAUGUAAAGUAAAAAACGUGUAAUAUAUUUUGAGUUAGUAUCAAGGUAAAACAAAAAUAAUGAUGGAAUAUUUUCCCGUUGCAUCGAAACUGCUUGUCCGUCAUGGUUUUACUUUGAAAAAAGGAAAGAACGAAAUGAUUUUACUUCCCGUUGCUGGAAAGUUUUGACAGCUAAAGGAGAUUUUGAAUAUUUCCGAUUUAACCCGAGUUUGAGAUUGGUGGUACUCGACAACGUAAUCAUAUAGGGUCACUUUUGAAGCAAGUGUCGAAAUACUUGGAUAAAAUGGCCUCCUUGGGCGGAAUGACGAUGCCGAGCCGUCUUCCGUUGCUCCUGACCCACGAAGGGGUGCUGCUCCCGGGCUCGACCGUCCGCUUCAACGUCGAUACUCCUCGGAACAUGCACAUGAUCAAGCACCGUCUCCUCAAAGGGACUUCGCUCAAAAGCACCAUCAUUGGAGUGAUUCCCAACACCAGAGACCCUGCGAAGGAUACGGAUGACCUUCCCGCAUUGCACAAGAUUGGUACAGCCGGGAUCACAGUACAAGUAGUGGGCAGUAACUGGCCAAAGCCGCACUAUACACUACUCAUCACUGGAUUGUGCCGCUUUAGCGUGUCAAGCCUGUUGACUGAACGACCCUUUGUUUUGGCAGAGGUGGAGCAGUUGGAUAAACUGGAGCGUUACACCACCUCGGCAGAGGGUGUCACAGCAGAAGAUGGAGAGCUGCAGGAGUUGUCCCAAAAAUUCUACCAGACAGCUCUAGAGUUGUUAGGUAUGCUGGACAUGUCUGUUCCAGUAGUGGCCAAAUUCAGACGUCUUUUGGACAGCCUUCCCCAGGAAACUCUGCCUGAUGUUGUCGCUUCCAUGAUCCACACCUCAAACACGGAGAAAUUACAGGUCCUGGACGCCGUUAGCUUGGAGGAGCGUUUUAAGAAAACUUUGCCCAUGCUGACCAGACAGAUAGAAGGACUUAAACUGCUGCAGAAAACAAGGAGAACGAUGCCUGGCCCAGAAAAGAAGGUGCGCAAAGGGGGGGUGUUUCCAGGCCGUCAUUUCAGUCUGAAUGAAGAAGUUGAGGACGAUGAUGAUGAUACACCCUCCCUAGAGAAGAAAGUUCAUGGGGCUAACAUGCCAUACGCAGCUCUCCGAGUUUGCUUAAAAGAGCUCAAAAGAUUGAAGAAGAUGCCGCAAUCCAUGCCUGAAUAUGCCCUCACGAGAACAUACUUGGACUUGAUGGUAGAGCUACCAUGGAACAAAAGUACCAAAGACUGCUUGGAUAUUCGAGCUGCCCGAAUAUUGUUGGAUAAUGACCAUUAUGCAAUGGAGAAGUUAAAAAGACGAGUGCUGGAGUAUCUGGCUGUUAGACAACUGAAAGCUUCGCUGAAGGGCCCAAUCCUGUGCUUUGUGGGACCACCUGGAGUCGGUAAGACCAGUGUGGGGCGCUCCAUCGCCAAGACCCUGGGCAGAGAGUUCCACCGCAUUGCACUUGGGGGUGUUUGUGACCAGUCGGACAUCCGAGGACACAGACGUACUUAUGUAGGCAGCAUGCCCGGCCGAAUCGUCAAUGGUUUGAAGACCGUGGGCGUCAAUAAUCCAGUUUUCCUUCUGGAUGAAGUGGAUAAACUGGGAAAGAGCCUGCAAGGAGACCCUGCAGCUGCACUGCUAGAGGUGCUUGACCCAGAGCAGAACCACAGCUUCACAGACCACUAUCUCAACGUGGCCUUUGAUCUCUCUCAAGUCCUUUUCAUCGCCACAGCCAACACCACAGCGACGAUACCCCCUGCCCUGCUGGACAGAAUGGAAGUGCUCCAAGUGCCCGGUUACACGCAGGAGGAGAAGGUGGAGAUCAGUCACCGACACCUGAUCCCUAACCAGAUGGAGCAGCACGGAUUAUCACCUCAACAACUGCAUAUACCCCCAGAUACCACCAAGGAUAUUAUAAACAGGUACACGCGUGAGGCUGGUGUGCGCUCGCUGGAGAGGAAGAUUGGAGCCAUUUGCCGAGCUGUCGCUGUGAAAAUUGCUGAAGUCCAAACGGAUUCCAAGACUGAAGAGUUGACUCCUGAGGGUCACACACAGCAGGGAGCAGAGAAAGCGGCCCCCCCAGCGAUGCCAAUCGUGAUCGACCACCGCGCCUUAAAAGACAUCCUUGGAGCUCCCCCAUUCGAUAUGGAGGUGUCGGAGCGGCUUACCCUACCCGGCGUGGCCCUCGGGUUGGCCUGGACCCCGCUGGGUGGCGAAAUCAUGUUCGUGGAGGCCAGUCGAAUGGAGGGCGAAGGUCAGCUAACUCUUACAGGUCAGCUGGGCGACGUGAUGAAAGAAUCAGCACAUCUGUCCAUCAGCUGGCUGAGAGCCAAUGCGAAACACUACCAGCUCACGAACAUGGUGGGGGGUCCGGAUCCUUUAGAAGGGACGGAUAUCCAUCUCCACUUCCCUGCCGGAGCUGUGACCAAGGACGGUCCUUCUGCUGGUGUUACCAUAGUAACCUGCCUGGCCUCUCUGUUCAGCGGACGACUGGUCCGAUCAGACGUCGCCAUGACCGGAGAGAUCACACUGAGAGGCCUGGUUCUUCCGGUGGGUGGUAUCAAAGACAAGGUGCUGGCGGCCCACCGGGCGGGGGUCAAGCGAGUCAUCGUCCCCAAACGCAAUGAGAAGGACCUGGAGGAGCUUCCGGCAAACGUGCGAGACGACCUGGACUUCGUGGCCGCCGCCGACCUGGACCAGGUGCUGAACGCCGCCUUCGACGGAGGCUUCCCCGGGACGGAAAUUCUGCCUGAACGCCCGCAGAUCAGCAGCAAGCUGUAAACCCGGAAAAUACACGGAAACUUGCCUCAAAGUGUUCCAAGUGUAGCGUAUGACGAGCUGCCUCCAAGAGUAGAACGGCGGUGGUUGUCGUUUUAGGGGCUGACAUUUUUCUCUGUGGUUAACUGGUUCAAGUUGGUUGAAAGGAGCUCAUUUUCACACAAUAAAGGAGGGUGCGCAAACCAAACUAUAAUUCUUGAUGCUUAUGCCGUUUUGACAGAAUAAUGUCACAUUAUGGCAUCUGCAAACUGUUCUAUGUUGUUUAAAAUUGCAUGUCUCUUUUGAUAGUGUGUCGAACGUGGCUGUCGUUUGUUUCCCCGAAAUUGUCCAAAAAUAUAAAUAAAAUGACCAAAGCCGCAGUGAGACUAAUACACCCACAGCUAGCUUUUGAGUGAUUAGUUGUUUGAUACAAUGCGCAAUAUUAAAAAAAUGAUCAGAAUUCCUCGAAAACAAAGGCACUUGGGAUCACUGAGAACAGAAUGUUUGGAAAUUAAUCUUCUCAGUAAAUCACAAGUUUUUGUUUUUUUUUUUCUUUUCAAAGUGGCACAAUCCCCACAUGUUACCAGCUCUUGAUGUUAGGAGCUAAGAAGUGCCAGUCCUGGUCAGUAUGUGAAUGGGAGACCGUUUGGGAAUAGCAGACCUUGGAUUGAGCAGUCGGACAAUCACCUGCUGAUGUGGGGGGGAACAAGAAUAAUAACACAAACUGCAAUCGUAGCCUGAUGUGCCUCAUGGCAUUGAGAGCAUAUUCGAACUAUAACAGUCCACUGGACAUUUUGACAAUCUGGAGGACAGGUUUUGCGUUUCUUCAGGAAAUAUUACACAAAUCUAAAUCAUCUCAAAACGUUUUACACGAUUGCAACACCACCCGCACACCGAAUAGAAAUGGAAGUAUUUUCCGAGAUAACAUGGUUGCACAAGUGCGCACACCGUCUGACAAGCUGGGGAUGUGGCUGUUUUCAUAAUAAAGUGAUCAUAUUCAAACUUGUCUUAUGAAAGUCAGCAUUCACCUGCCACCAUUUAAAAUGCCUGCGAAAUAAAGUUCAGAUGUUCUAAUAAGCUUCUCCUGACAUUUUCUGUCGUCCCAUAUUGAAAUUUAUUCAGCGGGUUGGUAAACGGUCGCAGUCGUGUCACAAUUCAGAAAGCAGCCAAUUAGGGGGGUGUGCAUACUACUGCAACUGCAUUUUCUUCACUUGCUUAGUUUGAGUUCCUUUGAAAAACGAGUGAGAGUUGAUUUUUACUGCGCCCGUAAAAUCGUUGGAUUUGAACAAGGGUGUGUAGUCUUUAUAUCCACUCCAGAUGCUACGUCCAGGACUGAAACACACACACAAAACCGGCGAAAUGUGAACCACGGGGAUUGUACAGUCUUGAAUCGAGCAGUCCAUCGAACAACAUUUUCCCCAUAAACACGAGACCAAAUCAUAAACAUGCUUGUGUGUUAGUGUGAGGGACAGCUGCAACAUAUUAAAAACCUUUUUUUUGUUUUUUUUAAAUGCCACUUGGUCCUUUUCAGGGUCACGGGGAGGUCCAAGUCUCGUCUGAGUUAGACUGGUCGCCUGUCAAUCAACAUGUUGACAGACUGUAUGUAGACAAACAAGCAUCGACUCAAGACGGAAUUUUUGCAGAUCUAAGCGUUGAUUUGUUAGUCGCGGUUUUUAUGGUUCUCUGGAUCAUUUCCUAACCUUUCGAGACAACAUCCUCAAACUUUGUGGAUGUUGUUGGGGGUACGGGAACGGGGGCUAAAACCAUUUGACAGUUUGGUAUCUGGAAGAACCACAAUUAAUUUAGAUUUGAUCCAGAUUGUCUGCAUAGAAAAUAAAAUAUCAGUACUUUUCCUAUUAGAUUUUUCAUUGGCAUUGUGGAUAUCAUUUUUAAACAUUUACUCAUACGUGUUGAUAGUGCCUUUCAGAAAAUCUUAAGAAAUUGUGGCUGAACACUACUGCAUGUGCUCAAUUUAUAUCCCGGGUCUGAUCUCUUCUUUUUAGGAACAUGCAACAUGAAUAGUUUGCCCCCCCCCCCCCUUUUUUUUUUUUCAUAAUAAGAAACGCAACAUAGGCUGCAGACCCAAGCACCUGUUAAAAGAUUCCAGUCUGGAUUGUUGUGCUCGAUUUUUUUUUUUUUUUUUCAUACCUAUCCAUGACCCACUUUAAAUGGCUCACAAAAAUCACUGCUAGUGAAGCAAUUGUAUCAUUUUUAUUAUUGCUGUACAUCCAAUCAUGGUCAAUUUCACUUUUUUUUUUUUUUUU